AAAAUAUUAACCUUUACCUUUUUUUUAAGGUCAAGGUCUACAUCAAUAAAUGUAUAAUCUCCUACGGUUAAUUUUAAUUCAUAGGUUAUAUAUGGUCACGUUCAGAUAUAAGAGAUGGUUAAGUUUAGGUAUUGGGUUACAGAUGGUUAAGUUUAGGCUGAGGUAUGUUUGGAGGUAUGGUUAACUUUAAUACAUAUGUCAGUUGAGUUUAAUCCAUGGACCUAUUAAAAACGGUUUGAUCACGUUUUCAAGAAUUAUUGCGUUAUUAUCUGAUGAUUCGCCUGCCUUGGCAAAACAAACUCGUGUCACGAGGGUCCUAGAACUGCGGUCCUGUAGCUGCAGGCUCCGGUUUCACAGGACCGCACGCCACACCUCUCCAGUAUGGCCGCCGUCCUGUAGUGUGCGCCGGGGAUCACAGACACCGGGAACCGUAGCUCCGAUUGUGAACCAUGUCUGCGCUACUUUUACUGAAGAACCUGCCAUGCAUGAGGAGGUCCUACCUGAGCGUCGGCCGGCAGUCGGUCGGACUUUAUUACCACACUGAUAAGGGGGUCUACGGCUACCGGCCCAGACGACUGGCCCAGGACGCGGAGCUUGAGAGGGGUCCGGGGUCUGCUCUGAACCAAGAUCAUGGUGUGGCCCGACUGGUUGAAGCAUAUCGAGCACAUGGGCACAAAGCAGCUAAAAUUAACCCCUUGCUACCCCAGCAGCCCGUGUUAGACAAUGUCCCAGAGAUAGAGCUGUUGACCAGGACGCUACAAGGACAGGUCAACACCUCAGGACUGCGUCACUUUGGGCGGGAGCAGGCCUCGGCGGAGGAGGUGGUCUCCUACCUGGAGGGGGUCUACUGCGGCCCCAUCUCCGUGGAGACCAGCCAGCUCAGCACGCUGGAGGAGAGAGAGUGGAUGGCCGAGCGCUUUGAGGAGCUCCGGCAGCACACCUUCUCCCCCGAGGAGAGGAGACGGCUGGCCACCAUCAUGCUACAGUCUCAGGAGUUCGACCAUUUCCUGGCCACCAAGUUCGCCACGGUGAAGCGGUACGGCGGCGAGGGGGCAGAGAGCAUGAUGGGAUUCUUCGACGAGCUCUUCCACCAGUCCGCCCACAGCGGGGUGACCGACGUCAUCAUCGGGAUGCCCCACAGGGGGCGUCUGAACCUGCUCACCGGACUGCUGAAGUGCCCCCCCGAGCUGAUGUUCCGAAAGAUGCGGGGCCUGAGCGAGUUCCCCGAGGGCUCGCCCUCCAUCGGCGACGUGCUGUCCCACCUGACCUCGUCGGUGCACCUGGAGCUGGGUGCGGCCCGGCCGCUGCACGUCACCAUGCUGCCCAACCCCUCCCACCUGGAGGCCGUCAACCCCGUGACGCAGGGCAAGGCCCGGGCGCGGCAGCAGCUCCGCGGGGAGGGCGACUACUCCCUGGAGGACGGGGCCCGCCCGGGGGACCGUGUCAUCUGCCUGCAGGUCCAUGGCGAUGGGUCCUUCCCCGGCCAGGGGAUCGUCCCAGAGACCUUCACCAUCUCAUGCCUCCCCCAUUACAGAGUCGGUGGGAGCAUCCACCUCAUUGUGAACAACCAAGUGGGCUAUACCACUCCGUCUGAGCGGGGGAGGUCCUCCCUGUACUGCUCUGAUGUUGGUAAGAUGGUGGACUGCGCGGUGAUCCACGUGAACGGCGACUGUGCGGAGGAGGUGCUGCGCGCUACGCGGCUCGCCGUGGAGUACCAGCGGCACUUCAGGAGGGACGUGAUCCUGGACCUGCUCUGCUACCGGCAGUGGGGCCACAACGAGCUGGACGAGCCCUCCUUCACCAACCCCUCCAUGUACCGCAUCAUCCGCUCCAGGCAGAGCGUCCCGGACUCCUACUCGGACCAGCUGAUCUCUGAGGGCCUGAUGACGGAGGCGGAGCGGGCGGAGAUCAAGUCGGCGCACUACGCCCUGCUCAACGACAAGCUGGCCGCCACGCCGCAGUACAGCCCCGCCCCCUCCAACCUGCAGGGCCGCUGGGGGGGCCUGGAGGAGCCCGGGGCCCGCGUCUCCUCCUGGGACACCGGGGUCCCCGCCCCCCUGCUGCAGUACGUGGGGGCCAAGUCGGUGGAGGUCCCGGAGCACAUCGCACUGCACACGCACCUGGGGAAGACCCACGUUCAGGCUCGGCUGCAGAAGAUCCAGGACGGCACCAAGCUGGACUGGUCCACCGCGGAGGCCAUGGCCUUUGGCUCUCUCCUCUGCCAGGGCUUCCACAUCCGUAUCAGCGGGCAGGACGUGGGCAGAGGGACCUUCAGCCAGAGGCACGCCAUGAUGGUGUGUCAGGACACCAGCGACAUGCACAUCCCCCUCAACCACAUCAGCCCCCAGCAGACCGGCUUCCUGGAGGUGUGUAACAGCCCCCUGUCGGAGGAGGCGGUGCUGGGCUUCGAGUACGGUAUGAGCAUCGCCCAGCCGCGCCUGCUGCCCAUCUGGGAGGCCCAGUUCGGAGACUUCUUCAACGGGGCCCAGAUCAUCUUCGACACGUUCCUCUCCGGAGGCGAGGCCAAGUGGCUGCUGCAGAGCGGGAUGGUGAUCCUGCUGCCCCACGGCUACGACGGGGCCGGCCCCGAGCACUCCUCCUGUCGCAUGGAGCGCUUCCUGCAGAUGUGCAACAGCUCGGAGGAGGGUGUGGACGGGGACGACGUCAACAUGGCGGUGGUGCACCCCACCACGCCCGCCCAGUACUUCCACCUGCUGCGCCGCCAGAUGGUCCGCAACUUCCGCAAGCCGCUGAUCGUGGCGGGCCCCAAGAUGCUGCUCCGCUUCUCGGGGGCGACCUCCAGCCUGGCGGAGCUGGGUCCCGGGACGUCCUUCAGACCCGUGCUGGGCGACGACUCGGCCUCCCCUGAAAGCGUCCACAAGGUGGUGCUGUGCUCAGGGAAGCACUACUACGCCCUGCUGAAGCAGAGGGAGGCGCUCGGAGCCAAUCAGAGCACGGCGCUGGUCCGGGUGGAGGAGCUGUGCCCCUUCCCGCUGGAGGCCCUGCAGACGGAGCUCCAGAGAUACACCAACGCCACAGAGUUCGUGUGGAGCCAGGAGGAGCCUCAGAACAUGGGCCCCUGGCCCUUCGUGGCCCCGCGCUUCGAGAGGCAGCUGGCCUGCAAGCUCCGAUUGGUCAGCCGGCCGGCUCUCCCCGCCCCCGCGGUGGGCAUCGGGGCGAUUCACCAGCAGCAGCAGGAAGCCAUCCUGACCGCCACCUUCUCCUAGGACGGCCAAUCAGGGCACUAGGAACCACCCAACCGCUUGACUGUGAAAUACUACUGGAAGGAAGGGGGGGAGGAGGGAGAUAGGGUGGGGGGGGGAGAGUUAGGGUGGAGGUGAGAGGGAGAAGUUGAGUAUUGUGUCAUGUGUGGUUUUUGACCGUUUUGUUUUUCUAAUAUGUUGCAUCACCAUGAGGUCAAAGGUCAUCAAAGGCUAUAUCAGUUUGUUGUUUACUGCCAUGGAAGACAUUUAAAGUGUCUGUGUUCAUCUCUCAGCCGGUGGGGGGGGUCUGGUGUUUGAAUCCCCCAGUGUUUAGUUGAACACGCUCAACUCAUCCAUCAGUGCUCUGAUCGUCAUCUCCAAAGUACUCCUUUGCUUGUCCCACAAGUGUCUCUCUUUAGAACUCGGUCUGAGGCCGAUGUCUCUGUGACGGCGUUCUCCCGUACUCCCACAUGGGUUCAGACGGAUGGCAAACUGCUCUUGAACUGCAAACCGAACAUCAGAAUGGACCCCAUGCCUGUAAUCAGACUGUAUUUUUAAUUGUUCAUGGAAGAAUGUCAAUCAUCAGAAAAACAAGGGCUUAUACUGUACAAGUUGAUCAAAUUGUAAUAUUUUCAAAUAAAUCUAUUUUG